GGUGGAACUUGUGGUUGCAAAAACGAGACUUUUUUGAGUUUUAAAAGUGCUGUAUUUAGUAACUUUGUGGUUGCAAAUAGCAGCGGCCUUGAUUUCUGCUCCUGAGUGGAACAUACGACGCCACCAGCUCACAAGUGCAGUUCCAGCAGUAGAUUUGCUAUGUCUUCUGUCCUUUGUUUCCCCCCGUACUGUGCACCCAAAUUGAAGGUCGGCAUUGUGAGAGGACUAUACUCAUCAUCGUUAUCAUCGUCAAGUUCAUCAUUUCGUGUUAGGGUUAAAGCUUCUUCCUGUCCCAUUGAUGAACCCAUUCUCAAAGAAGCUCUUAAGGAGCCUGUCGCUUUUAUGGGGGGAAUAUUUGCUGGCCUUCUGAGGCUUGAUUUGAAUGAAGAUCCACUUAGGGAAUGGGUUGCUAGGACUGUGGAAGCCUCUGGGAUUACGGCUGAAGAAAUUGAUACUGAACAAUCCGAAUCAGAAGAAGGAAGCCCACAACAGAUAGAGAUUGAAUGAUGGUUCUUGAGGCUUGUAAUCAUGUUAAGUGUAUUAUCAUGUUGAAUUUUUUGCUUGUGUCAUUGAUUUGAUAUAUGUGAUGCGUCUACAUGCCUUGCACGGUAUUCUUACCUUUAUGCUAGACCUGCAUGGUUUUGAAAAAUGUGCAGUGUAGACAUGUAACCAAUAUAUGUACCCCAGAAAAUGUGAUGUUGGAUAAGUACAUGGGUCUGUUAGCUUCUCCCUGUUCAUCUUCGGCUAAUAAAUAAAAAUAAAAGAUGAGCAGAGAUGUUGGAUAUUUGCUA